AUGCCUUGGGGACUCAACUUCUUUGGCCAACGCAACGACCAGAACCAGAAGAAGAAGGGCGGCAGCAGUAAGGGCCCAAUGAGCGCCAACAAAUCCGUCAACUCUUCUUCUUCUCCUUCUACCAACCGCGUCACCAAGCCUAGAGCCAGCUCAACAGGCAACCUCGGAAAGCCUACCAAGUCCAUCCUAAAAGCCAUCGACUACUCCUCCACCUCUGCCCCUACUGCGGGCGCCCAAUCCGCUCCCACAAACUCCACCGGUUCCCGUCUCUUUGGUACCGAUCCCUCCAACCUCACCUCCUUCAACUUUCAAAGGCCAGCCAUCCCCAAACUCUCCCCCUCGGAGCUCGCCAUCCAGAAACGUAACCAGCGCCAAGCAGCCAUUGCCCAGCAGAAGGCCCAGGAAGAACACGACGACCAACUCCGCCUCGCCAGUAUCCGGCGAGUCGAUCCCACCGUGACUCCCACCUCGGACGCCUUCCAGACCAUCCUUUAUUCCUUCCGCAACCACCUCAACUCGCCCACUUCCACUCUCAACGAGCUGCUCCAGACGCGCUUCAGUCCCGACGACAGGGAAUUGUUGCAGCCAGCUGACUGGGAGCGGAACCCGGCUCUUGCGCAGUUGCAGGGGAGGAACAGCGAGGUGUAUGAGGAGCUGGUUAGGGGAGAGGUUCCAGGUUGGCAAAAGCCACCAAGUAAGGGUAGCAGCGGUAGUAGCAAGGACGGCAAGAAAGGAAAAUGGGCUAGAACUGAAGAUAAAGGUUGGGGAAAGGAAGCCCACCUAGCGUUUAAGCUUACCUGUUUGUACUUUGGCUUACCUAUCGCGCCGAUGGGCUGGGAACAGAGCGACACGAGGAGGUGGUGGGAGAAGAGACAGCAGACGAUGAAGGCGAGGGAAAGAGGUGCUUACGGUGGGCCUGGGUAUGAUGAGGUGGAUGAUGAAUACGGGAAUGCGGUGAUGAGGCCCAGAAAGGAUCCCGUCCAGUUCUUGAAUUGCUAUGGCAACAGGGUUUUUGAGAAGGAUGCUAUUAGAGAACCGGAUCCAGUCUUGGAGACGUACAAUGCUUUGCCGCCAUUGGCUCCCACGAUGAGGCAGCUUAAUCCGGAGAGGGACUACAUCAACUCUGAUGCCUUGUAUGUAACUUUCCCGGACAGGUUUGACUCCGACUUUGGCCUACGCGGUGGCGGUGAUUUUGAUGACGAAGAUGAAGAGGCCGGCGUCGAUGAGGAAGCGGAACACUCUAUGGAUCUUGAUGAGCCCAUGGAGCUCAUUCCUUCCCUAGAGAACGCCCUCGUCUCUCUCCGCGGCGGAGGACUUCUCAAGGACCGCGGUGAAGUCUUCAAAGGAAUUGACAAUGGCAAGUGGCGCCUUUCCACCGAGGCCUUCCACGCUUUCGCGCAGACAGACAACCACAAGGAUGGCCUCAAGAGCCGACUUGAAAGCGAGAGAGGUGGUGUCGAGAAACUGUGGGUCCCUCUCUACGGUUACCAGGGCAUCGUCUGGUUCCGUAUCGACAUGCUCAACACCUUUGUUGACGCUGUCGAUCGUCUUUUGGGCUUCGGCAUCCGAGCCGGUGCCUCUUACAAACUCUAUGUGUUUGACAGAAACAAGGAGUACAAGACCCGAGCCCAAAAGGAAGCCUUCCAGCGAAACAACAGGAACACUAUUGAUGUCGCAUGCAAGGGACCCGGUGACUACGGCAACGAUCACCUCGCUUGGAGCUGGGUCAUCAGCCACCUUGGCUCGCUGGGCAAUGACACCAACGGAUCGCCUGUGGCUCACCAAAAGGUGCUUUUCGUCGCCGGUCCCAGAGAUCCCGUGCCCUACGAUAGUUGGGAGCCGACCGAAACUCACAACGUCGCCAAGCUGGUGCUCGAGUGGAACGGCCUGCCGGAGAUGAACCGUCCGGACGUCGCCUACCUCCGCAUGCCCAUCUCUGGAGACGUUACGGAGGCGGACGUACACACCAACGAAUUUGCUCCCUGGAUGGCACAAGCCUCCCGCGUCCUGUGCGCCGGCCGCAUCCCCAACCGUCCCGGCCACCCCUACAUCCCCGACGCCUAUAUCAGCUACGACGCUGACUUGGGCACCUACGGCGGGUUGACCUUCGACUUCAAUCAGUGGAAGUGUAUCCUGCAAGCCUACCAGGAAUCAAGGGGUGCGCCGAUCGUGCUGCAGGCGUAUACCUCCGAGUCGCCCAGCGGCCACAUCGACCGGUGGCACAUGUUCGUGCCCGGCGUGUCGUACGAGUACGGCCAGGAGGUCGCACUCUUGCACUCCAAGCUCAGUGAUUCAAAAGUAGUUUACGCCAAGAUCCGCAACAUGAUCGAGACCGGCCUCGGCACAGAACAGCUACAGGACCUCGAUUUCAUCGAAGUCCACAUGCCCGGCGAAACCUUUCUUGCCAAAGGGAGGGCACAGAGCGAUAUGGUCAUCCCCGUCGACUCCAACGGCAAGCUGGACAAGUCUGCCGUGCAGCGCGUCGCUGAGCUGCUCGACCAGUGGCAUAAGUGGCUCAUUGAGAAGCCGGGGGUCAGGCCGGCUAGGAACGGAGUCGAUAUGUACCCGCAGUUUAUCACGCUGCAGCCGGUGUAUCGGGAGUAUGCGCUGGUCUGCGAGGAGGAUCACGAGCACAUGUUGGAUUGGAACCCCAGAGAGACCACCCUUGAUGAUUUCCGGGACCUGAUUGGGGCGUUGUGGUCGCCUGGACGGUUCUCGGUUGAUUAUGACGUUGAGACCUCGAGGGUGAGACUCUCGCAGAACCAGAUCGACGGCGCGCCCAUGUUGGUCGUGUCGCCUACUACCACCGAGGUAGAGUGGAUUCAGAUGCGGGACAUGAUUGUUUGGCCGGAGCUGGUGGUGCAGGUUUAUCAGAAUCAGCUUGGUUUGUUUGGUGAUAUCCUCGCCCAGCCGUUUGGAUACCGUGAUAUCUACCAGACGGACACAAUUGACCUCUUCGCCAGCUUGGCUGACCAAGAUGAAGUUCCCGCCAGCACGAACACCCUUCGCUAUGGUCGUGACUAUCAGCUUUGGGCUGAAGACGUCCCCUGGAGUCAUGGCCUGUUGAGGACGCUCAAGCCAGAAGAUCGCCAGCCUCAGCCAGCCCCUGGUACUACUGCUUCUCAGCAAUUGCGGACAACAGAGCGGACACCAGGAGUAGAGGAGGUUGCAAUUGACCCGAAUCCAAUUAGUUUUACCAACAACUUGCCACCUCCGCGUCCCACCGACACGGGCGUCUUCGCCGCCUCUAGAAAACUGGAUCUCAACGCCAUGGACCCGAGCGAAAAGGGUCGAUUCCUCCGAGAAUUCAGCUACGCCAACCCGCUCACCGUGGACUUUGUCAAGGGCAUUCCUGUCCACAAGCCUCCCAUUGACCAACUCCUGGACAUCAAGAAGGACAGCAUCCCGCGUCUCGCCAACAGCGUUCUCACGCCCAGCGAGACCCGCUACCUCCAGGGGAAGUUCAGCGAGAUCCAGAGCAUCAUGCUCGAACGCAUGGUAAAGUGUCAGUUCGCCGGCUGCGACGCCGCCUUCCCCUACAAGGACAGACACACCCUGUUGGCGCGUCACAUCAAAGACGCCCACACGGCCGAGAAGUGCAACUUCUGCGGCGACCCAUUGUAUCAACACUGGACCGUCGCCCAGCGCUUCCAGCACUUUGCCUCCAAGCACGCCGACAUCUUGGGAGCUCUCGCCACCAGCCGCCCCAUCGACCCGGCCGGAGCCAACAACGACCAUCCCAACCCCUUCCAAUUCCACCGUGAGCUCACCUGGGGUUUCUGCUGCCGCUGCGGCCGCGACCAUUCCGUGUUGGCCUCCAAGCUCGACCGCUUCCACCAUGACCUCGUUUGCUACCCGGGUGCCUCCCACCACGAGGUCCACCCGUGGCGUGCCUGCACGGUCUGCGGUGAGCGUAUCCACGUCGAAGAUGCCGCCUCAGCCAAGGCGCACAAACACCCGGAAGUUGCGCGCGGCUUCGGAACGGGUUACAAGUCCGCUUUCUGCGGACAGUGCGGGCUCGAGAUGCGCAACCUCGACGUCGCGGAUCGGGAGAAACACGCGCAUUUCUGCCGCGGCCACUGCAGCGGCGGCGGCGGUGGGAAAGAUUGCAACGGCUCCUCUUUCAACGUCCGCUUUUGUCCGUGGUGUGGCCUGGAGAUGGCACUGUCGGAAGACGGCAAGAGUAUCCACCUGGUGGAAGCGCAGCGACACAUUGAUUCGUGCGUUGCGAAGCCCGAAGAUGAUAAGCGGACGUUUGGACCGCUGCAUUCUGUUAGCCACAAGGCUUAUUACUAUGGGAUCCCCAGGGACGCCAAGACGGCCAGGGUGGAUGUGCCUCCAGGCGUGAUCCCGCUUAAGCAGUGGUUGGGAAAUGCGGCGGGUGUGGGCGAGAAGAGGAAGCCGUUGAAGGCCAGAAGGGGCGAGAUGGUUGGCGUGAAGGGAGCGACGGAUUUGACUUUUACGGGCGGGACGGUGGUUCCUGCUGCGAAGACCGCGGCGAAGACUGCGGCGAAGAAGGCCGCAAAGAAGACGGCGAGGUUUGCGGAUGUGGUGGAGGAGGCGGAGCCUGAACAAGAAGAAGAAGAGGAUGAGGAUAUGAUCGGGAGUGAUUUGUCGAUUCUGUCGUCGGAGGACGAGCGGGCUGCGAAGGCUGCCAAGAAGGCUGGUAAACGACCAAGUGGCAAGCGCAAGCGUGCUCCUUUCACGUCUAGCGAUCCGACAUAUCAACCUACUUGGAGCUGGGAUCUGUCAGACCAUUCUUCUGAGUUCAUGUCUGAUGAUGAACCUGAGGAAGGCCCAUCAGCUACCAAAAAGGCCAAGACGGUGGCGGCAGAGCCGCAGGAGCCCAAGAAGCCUAAGGUCUCGUUCAGACCUGCGGGCAAGGGAGGCAAGAAGAAGCUGGCGCUGUUUCAGUCGGAGGAUCCUAGUUAUAAGCCUCCGAAGGACCAUUCGGAAGAGUCUGAGCUUUCUGAUGUUGCCGCCGACCCGCUUGACAUCUCGCUCUGGCCUGAGCCUAUCGAGGUUGUAAAGUUUCCUGAUGUCCUUCAUGAGUCGGAAGAGGAGGAGGAAGAGGAGCCUGCACCACCAAUGGCAAAGAAAGCUGCAACCAAGGGCGGCGCAACCAAGGGCACCACCGCCGCCAAAGCUGCCGAACCCCCCAGGCCUGUCAAAACUCAGGCUUUGACAACGGCCGCCGCCAAAGCCGCAGCCAAGGCAGCCGUCGCAGCUCAGGAUACCGUCGUCGAGCGAACCGUUCUCAAGGCCCCGCCCAAGAUUCUCCCGACCAUCCACGGCAUCAGGGAGCCAAACUCGGACGCCACCACGUCGAGCUCUGAAGAUGACGAGGAGGAAUCCGAUGAGGAGCCUCCCAAGAAGGGAAAGGGCAAGGGAAAGGCGGCAGCCAAGAAGGCGGCAGCACCUAAGAAGGCCGCCGGUGUCACCACCAGAGGCAAAGCCAAGCAAAUCUCUUCUGACGAGUCUGACGAGGAAGACGAUGAAGAUGAGGAUGAAGAGGUGGAAGAAGCACAAAUUCCCGUGAGCGCGCCCACCGCCCUAGACCAAGACGAAGAAGAAGAAGAAGGACCUCCGGCUAACCCUCCCGCCCUCCAAGCAAUGAAAGUCAAAGUCAAAGUCAUCCCCGCGCCUGACUCCCCCAACACUAACACCACCGGCACCCGAAGCAGAGGUUUAAUGGCCAAAAUGUAUCAACUACCCUCCGGCUCCGGGUCCAAAUUCAGCAACACCACCAGUAACACUUCCUUGUCAUCACCACACAAAACCCGUUCUCGCGGCCGUAGCAUAAAUCGCCCCAAAGUCUCUCUCUCCCCCAACCCCCGCCUCUUCGGCAAGGGCACCUCGCCUGGCCCUCUCCAAUCGUCAUCCCUUACCACUUCUUCUUCCCAAUCCCAUUCCCGCUCCGACUCUCACACCACCGAGCGCAUCGCCCACAUCUCCCACCUCCGCGCCCGCCUGCACAACCUCCAAACAAACCCCUACCCCCGUCCCCCACAACGCAUAGAUUUCGAUCACCCCUCCGUCGCUCGAGCCCGCGAACAGCGCAUGCUGCGCGACGCCUACACGGGCGCGGACCCCUCGGCGCCUGUGCACCCUGGUUCUCCGUGGGCCGCUUUGCAGAAACAGGUAGACGCGCAAGAAAAGGAAGAUGACGAGUCGUAUGCGUACGCCGUCGAACGAUAUCAGCGGAAAAUGAAGGGGGAGAUGGAAGAUUUGGUGGCGCAGAUUGAGUAUGAAGAGGGGUUGUUGAGGGAGAGUGAACGCAAAAAAGGAGAAAGGGAGAAGAGGAAGAGGGAGGUGAAAGAGGCUGCAGAGGAUCUGGAAACGGAGUUUGAGAGGGUGCAGAGGUUGCAGGCUGAGGCUGCUAGUUCGUAUAGCAAGAAGGGACCGAAGGGCAAGGGAAGGGAGGCGGUAGCUGCUAGUAAUACUCACAGUGGGGUAAAGGUAGCUGGUUUUGAGGAAGAUUAUGUUGAUUUUUCGGAGGAUAAUUACCAGGGGGAUGAUUAUGAGGCUGGGGGUUAUGGUGAUAAGGAGGACGAGGAGUACGAAGACGAGGACGAAGAAGAAGGGGAAGAGUACGGAGAGGAGUAUGUCAAGCAGGCUAAAUUCAUGAAGGAGCAGAAGGAGGCUGAAGAACGGUUGAGGAGGAAUAGGAGGAAGGGGAAGGAAAGGCAGGGACCACUGCCGCCGCCGGGAAGGGUGACGGCUGAGGAUCUAGAGGCUUUGGCGAGGAGUUAUCCUGGCAGUAUUGGGUAG